AUGGGGAUUUGUCACGGAAAACCAAUCGAACACCAAUCGAAGAACACUCUCCCAGUCUCCGGCGAACCCGACGAAGAAGCUCCGACGAAUUCGCACCCGGCGAAAUCCUCCGGCUUUCCGUUUUACAGCCCGAGCCCAUUACCGAGCUUAUUCAAAUCCUCACCGGCGGUGUCGUCAUCGAGCGUGAGCUCCACGCCGCUCCGUAUCUUCAAGAGACCUUUCCCUCCUCCUUCACCAGCAAAGCACAUACGCGCUUUCCUCGCGCGUCGUCACGGCUCCUCCGCGAAGCCCAGCAACGAGGUCACGAUCCCUGAAGGCAAAGAGUGCGAGAUCGGCCUCGACAAGAGCUUCGGCUUCUCGAAACACUUCGCUUCACACUACGAGAUUGAUGGCGAAGUGGGUCGUGGACAUUUCGGGUAUACUUGCUCUGCGAAAGGUAAAAAAGGAAGCUUGAAGGGUCAAGAAGUUGCUGUUAAAGUCAUUCCUAAAUCAAAGAUGACAACUGCGAUUGCAAUUGAGGAUGUUAGUAGAGAAGUGAAGAUAUUACGGGCUUUGACUGGUCACAGCAACUUAGUCCAGUUCUAUGACGCGUUUGAAGAUGAUGAAAAUGUUUAUAUUGUCAUGGAGUUAUGCAAAGGUGGUGAACUCUUGGACAAAAUCCUUCAAAGGGGUGGCAAAUACUCAGAAGAAGAUGCUAAAAAAGUUAUGGUACAGAUUCUUAGUGUUGUUGCUUACUGUCAUCUACAAGGUGUGGUUCACCGUGACCUUAAACCAGAGAACUUUCUCUUCAGUACUAAGGAUGAGUCUUCACCUCUGAAAGCAAUUGACUUUGGCCUCUCUGAUUACGUCAAGCCAGACGAGAGGUUGAAUGAUAUUGUAGGAAGUGCUUAUUACGUGGCACCUGAGGUUUUACACCGAACAUACGGAACAGAAGCUGACAUGUGGAGUAUUGGAGUGAUUGCGUACAUUCUUCUUUGUGGAAGCCGUCCCUUUUGGGCCCGAACCGAGUCUGGCAUCUUUCGAGCUGUUCUUAAGGCAGAGCCUAAUUUUGAAGAAGCUCCUUGGCCGUCACUGUCAACUGAAGCUGUAGAUUUUGUUAAAAGAUUGCUUAACAAAGAUUACCGUAAAAGACUAACCGCAGCACAGGCUUUGUGUCAUCCGUGGUUGGUUGGUUCUCAUGAGCUAAAGAUACCAUCUGAUAUGAUCGUAUAUAAGCUUGUUAAAGUGUACAUUAUGUCAACUUCAUUGCGGAAAUCGGCUUUAGCGGCUCUUGCCAAGACAUUAACUGUACCGCAGUUAGCAUAUCUGAGGGAGCAAUUUACAUUGUUGGGGCCAAGCAAGAAUGGAUAUAUCUCCAUGCAGAAUUACAAAACAGCAAUCCUAAAGAGCGCAACAGAUGCAACCAAGGAUUCACGAGUCAUAGAUUUUGUUCACAUGAUAAGUUGUCUUCAAUACAAGAAACUAGACUUUGAAGAGUUUUGUGCAUCAGCAUUAAGCGUUUAUCAGCUGGAAGCAAUGGAAACAUGGGAGCAACACGCACGCCGUGCUUACGAGCUGUUUGAGAAAGAUGGGAACAGACCAAUCAUGAUUGAGGAACUUGCAUCGGAACUCGGACUCGGGCCAUCAGUUCCGGUGCACGUUGUACUUCAGGACUGGAUAAGACAUUCAGAUGGAAAACUUAGUUUCUUGGGUUUUGUCAGAAUACUACACGGCGUGUCUUCUCGGACGUUACAGAAAGCUUAG